GUGUGUGUGCAGGAGAGGAGUCGAGCAGAGAGCUGCUUUUUCAUGAAACGGGAGUAAAGUAGUAAACUUACAGGAACAUAUACCACUGCCAACGUUGGGAUUAAUUUCUGCAUCGAUCUGCACACCCUUGUGUCCUGGAUCGUAGCCGAGAUCAGCGUGAACCACGUGGGUCUCUGCUCCCUGAUCUGUUUCUUAAGACUUUCAGCUUCAUCACGGAGUUUCUCUCGGUUUGUGGGCUCAUAUAAAGGUGAUUAACAGGAGGAGAAGAGUCUGGUGGUGCAACGGAGGAACAAUUUCAUCCAUUUGGACUCAGCUCAGCCACUACAGAGGAAACAAUCAAUGACUUCAACACAAAAGGACCAACAUGGAGCGAGAAGUCAGCGCUCUCAGGAGGCCGACAAACCUCACAGAAGAAAAGGAAAGAAAACCUACAGCUGUGAUGAGUGUGGAAAGUCUUUUAUCCAGGCUGGACACCUAAAAACAGACCAAGUCAUCCACAGUGGAAUUAAACCUUACAGCUGUGACUUGUGUGGAAAGUCUUUUACCCUGGCUGGAAGCCUAAAAACACACCAACUCAUCCACAGUGGAGUUAAACCUUACAGCUGUGACUUGUGUGGAAAGUCUUUUACCCAGGCUGGAACCUUAAAAAAACACCAACUCAUCCACAGUGGAUUUAAACCUUACAGCUGUGACUUGUGUGGAAAGUCUUUUACCCAGUCUGGACACUUGAAAAAACACCAACUCAUCCACAGUGGAUUUAAACCUUACAGCUGUGACUUGUGUGGAAAGUCUUUUACCCAGGCUGGACGCUUGAAAAAACACCAACUCAUCCACAGUGGAGUUAAACCUUACAGCUGUGACUUGUGUGGAAAGUCUUUUACCCAGGCUGGACACCUAAAAACACACCAAGUCAUCCACAGUGGAGUUAAACCUUACAGCUGUGACUUGUGUGGAAAGUCUUUUACCGUGGCUGGAAGCCUAAAAACACACCAACUCAUCCACAGUGGAGUUAAACCUUACAGCUGUGACUUGUGUGGAAAGUCUUUUACCCUGGCUGGAGACUUGAAAAAACACCAACUCAUCCACAGUGGAGUUAAACCUUACAGCUGUGACUUGUGUGGAAAGUCUUUUACCCAGGCUGGAGACUUGAAAAAACACCAACUCAUCCACAGUGGAUUUAAACCUUACAGCUGUGACUUGUGUGGAAAGUCUUUUACCCAGGCUGGACACCUAAAAACACACCAAGUCAUCCACAGUGGAGUUAAACCUUACAACUGUGACUUGUGUGGAAAGUCUUUUACCGUGGCUGGAAGCCUAAAAACACACCAACUCAUCCACAGUGGAGUUAAACCUUACAGCUGUGACUUGUGUGGAAAGUCUUUUACCCUGGCUGGAGACUUGAAAAAACACCAACUCAUCCACAGUGGAUGGAUUAAACCUUACAGCUGUGACUUGUGUGGAAAGUCUUUACCCAGGCCUGGACACUUGAAAAAACACCCAACUCAUCCCAGUGGAGUUCAACCUUACAGCUGUAACUUGUGUGGAAAGUCUUUUACCCAGUCUGGAACCUUAAAAAAACACCAACUCAUCCACAGUGGAGUUAAACCUUACAGCUGUAACUUGUGUGGAAAGUCUUUUACCGUGGCUGGACACUUGAAAAAACACCAACUCAUCCACAGUGGAGUUCAACCUUACAGCUGUAACUUGUGUGGAAAGUCUUUUACCCAGUCCUGGGAGACUUGA